GGCACAGCCGCCUCGCGUCGGGCUCGCACCCUGUCCCAGAUCACGAUUUGCCACCGCGAAUCCGCGACCACCAGCAGCUGCAACUUCGUCAUCGCGUAGCUCGAAUCUUAUCCCGCUUAUUAUCUGCAGCCAUGGCCGCGGCCAGCUUCCUCCUAAGCCCCAGGGUGACGCUGCCCCUGCGCCGAGGAUCCCGCCUCCUCGUGUCCUGCUCCGCCACUUCGUCAUCCUCCUCGUCAGAUGCUGCUGGAGGGGUGGGAUUCCAGGGAAGGGUGGGAUUCCAGGGAAGGGUGGGGUUCUUGGGCCUCGGGAUCAUGGGCGCCCCCAUGGCAUCAAACCUCAUGAAGGCUGGUUGUGAUAUUACAGUUUGGAACAGAACCAAGAGCAAGUGCGAUCCUCUUCUCAGCCUCGGUGCCAAGUUUGAAUCUUCACCCGCCAGAGUUGCAUCAUCUUGUGAUGUCACCUUUGCAAUGCUUGCUGACCCAGAAAGCGCGUUUGAGGUUGCAUGCGGCGCUAAUGGAGCCGCAGAAGGGAUGGCCGCAGGGAAAGGGUAUGUCGAUGUGUCGACAGUCGAUGAUGCAACAUCUAAGCUAAUCGGCAAACGUAUUACAAGUACUGGGGCAUCUUUUCUCGAGGCUCCAGUUUCAGGCUCAAAAAAGCCAGCAGAAGAUGGACUGCUGAUCUUUCUUACUGCAGGUGAUGAAUCCUUGUACAAGAGAGUGGCGCCCCUACUUGAUGUCAUGGGCAAGUCAAGAUUUUAUCUUGGGGAUGUCGGGAAUGGCGCAGCAAUGAAGCUCGUGGUUAAUAUGGUGAUGGGGAGCAUGAUGGUCUCCUUUGCAGAAGGGCUACUCCUGAGUGAAAAAGUGGGGUUAGACCCGAAUACUGUCGUCGAGGUUAUUUCACAAGGUGCUAUCAAUGCUCCCAUGUUCUCCCUCAAGGGCCCUUCCAUGGUUAAAGCUGCAUACCCUACUGCCUUUCCCCUGAAACAUCAGCAGAAGGAUCUAAGGCUGGCGCUGGCCCUGGCAGAAUCGGUGUCCCAGCCCAUUCCUACAGCUGCAGCUGCAAACGAGCUGUACAAGGUAGCCAAAUCGCUGGGCCUCGCCGACCAGGACUUCUCCGCGGUCAUUGAGGCGCUCAAGGCUGAAAUGCAGAGCUCGCAGCACUAGAUAUUGUUUCUUCAGCCGGCCAAGUUUGAGUGUGGCAUUCAAAUGUAUUCGCCCAUCUUGUCUCUUUUGCGGACAUAUAAAUGUGCUUGUUUUACAGGCAGAGUGUAUACAGAAAUGUAAAAUGAAUAUAUACAGAAUAUCAACCCUUGCAAAGGGGGAAAGGGUAUCGAUAUUUUUGGUAUGUUUGUAAUUAAGUUUGGUUAUCGCA